AUGGCACCAACGAAGAGGAGGACACAGCCAUUUAUAAUUAUGUCUUUUGUUAUUGCCAUGGUUUUUCUUGUAAGCCUACCCUUAUCAACCACGGCAGCCUACCUAGACGACGACAUGCAUAACAUUUUUGGAAAAACUCCGCCACCUCCAUCUAUUCAUGGAAAAACACCACCACCACCAUCCGUUCAUGCCAAGACUCCACCACCACCAUCUGUUCAUGGGAAAACACCACCACCACCAUCCGUUCAUGGCAAGACUCCACCACCGCCAUCCACUCACGGUAAAACUCCACCACCACCAUCCAUGCUUGGUAAGACACCACCACCACCAUCUACUCAUGGAAAAACACCACCACCACCAUCCAUUCAUGGUAAAACUCCACCAGCACCAUCAAUGCUAGGAAAGACACCACCUCCUCCAUCAACUCAAGCCAAGACUCCACCACCACCAUCGAUUCAUGGCAAGACUCCUCCACCACCAUCCAUGCUUGGUAAGACACCACCACCACCAUCUGUUCAUGCAAAAACACCACCACCACCAUCCGUUCAUGGAAAGACUCCACCACCACCAUCGAUUCAUGGCAAGACUCCUCCACCACCAUCCAUGCUUGGUAAGACACCACCACCACCAUCUGUUCAUGCAAAAACACCACCACCACCAUCCGUUCAUGGAAAGACUCCACCACCACCAUCGAUUCAUGGCAAGACUCCUCCACCACCAUCCAUACUUGGUAAGACACCACCACCACCAUCUGUUCAUGCAAAAACACCACCACCACCAUCCGUUCAUGGAAAGACUCCACCACCACCAUCCAUCCAUGGAAAGACUCCACCACCACCAUCAACUAUGUACAAGGGUCCGCCACUACCAUCUACUCAUGGCAAGACUCCACCACCACCAUCCAUCCAUGGAAAGACUCCACCACCACCAUCCAUCCAUGGUAAGACUCCACCACCACCAUCCACUCAAGGAAAGAGUCCACCACCACCAUCCAUCCAAGCUAAGGCUCCACCAAAGGCAAAGGCAAAAGCGCCAACACCAUCACCAGCACCAGCACCAGCACCAUCACCAUCUGAGACACCGCCAAGUGCCUAA